CGUUUUUGCAAUUUUAGUUAUCUUAAUAUUUUAACGGUAAUUUGUUCAACUUGUUUACUUAUUUUAUUGCCGUAAUAUAAGUUACUUCAUUGAUUGCAUAUUUUUAUUGUUUGACGUAUAUAAUUACAUUUAGAACAUGUCGAAAGACACUAAAUCGGCUUCACCACUGUCCCUUACGAUACCGCAUUUAACGACGGAAUCCUUAGACGUUCUCAAGGUCAAACGGAGUUCUAUAAAGGGACAGAUAACCAAAUUUACUCGGUUUUUGGAUAAUUUUGACAGAGAUGCCGCAUUGACUUCUAUUCAAAUCAAUGAAUUAACUUUAAAGUUGAAUAAAUUCUUAGACCUUAGCAACAGAUUUGAGGUCAUGCAAACUCGUAUAGAGGUCCUGAAUGAAGGCAACCUCGCGGAUGAACUUGCCGAAAGGGACAGUAUGGAGGAAAGUCUUCAUCUUGCCAUAGCGACAGCCCAAUCUAUCAUUGAGGUAUGUAAACCUAAGGAGACCUUUCAUGACGCCGAUCAAGAUUCAUCAUCAAAUUCCAACUCACACCGCUGUCAUGAUCACGACUCUUUAGGUUUUAAAUUGCCAUUAAUUCAAAUACAUAAAUUCGAUGGCACCUUCUUUAAAUGGCUUGAAUUCCGCGACACCUACGAGUCUCUUAUUCAUAAAAAUGACCGAAUUAAGGCUAUACAUAAGUUUCACUACUUAACAUCAUACCUUGAAGGUGAAGCAGCGCGCGUCAUUUCAAAUUUAGAAGUAUCAGCUGAUAAUUAUUCUGAAGCAUGGGACCUUUUGUGCGAACGAUAUAAUAAUAAUCGUCAACUUAUUACUAAUCAUCUUAAUUCUUUAUUUAGCAUCGAACCUUUGCAGCGCGAAUCCGAUAAGGCACUUAGGUAUCUUAGUGAUCAUGUGACCAAAAACUUGCGGGCGUUAAAGACGCUCGGCCAGCCUACUGAUCAGUGGGACACCAUCAUCAUACAUAUGUUAACAACGAAGUUGGACCAAGCUACUCGUACAAAAUGGGAAGAAUAUCGGAAUAAUUUAGUCGAAUUACCCUCAUUAGAUGAAUUCAAAAAAAUUUUGAAAUCUCGAGCUGAUGUUUUGGAAACUUUGUAUAGAUCAAAAAGAGAUAAACAAGUUAAGCCUCAAUUAAAAUCAGAAAUGCCUCAAAGUAAAUCAUUUGCCAUUUCAGCUAUCGAAAAGACACCGCGGCCGUGCGUCGUGUGCCAGGGGAAGCAUCGUAUCUUCGAUUGCAAGGUCUUCAGCAGUCUGACGACCGACGAAAAAUGGGCCCAGGCUGCAAAGCUCAAGCUCUGCUUCAACUGCUUGCGCCCCGACCACGACACGGCGCGCUGUCGACUGGGAGGAUGUCGCGUAUGUAAGAGGCGUCAUAACACAUGCCUACACAAACACACCACUAACACACCCACAUCGCCAGCUUCUGUUAGCCCUUCUGGUGACAACAACGGUGGUGCUGAGAGCUCUUCCUCUUCUUCAAUUGUUAUGUCAGCAGUAUCCUCGUCUGCGGUUUUGCUAUGUACUGCAAUAAUAAAUAUUGUUAACCCGCAGACGAAUAAAGUAGAAACAGUGAGGGCACUGAUUGACAAUGGUAGUAUGAGCUGUAUGAUGACUAAUGACUUAAGACAGCGUCUUCAGCUGACUUCUCAUCGUUCCAAUGACAACAUCACGGCCGUCAUGGACAUCCCUAUUAACAUCAUUCCAGAACGCUGCUCUGCUCUUAUAAAAUCAAGGCAGAGUACAUUCGUUUGCGAUCUCGACUUUGUAGUACUUCCUCGUAUAACUCAACGUCUUCCUGAGAACUUCAUUUCUGUGAACCAUCUUAAUAUACCAUCAUCAAUCAAAUUAGCAGAUCCGACAUUUAAUCAGCCUUCACAAAUUGACGUCUUAUUGGGUGCUGAAGUUUUCUGGGCCAUCAUCGGCACAGAGAAGCGCCCUCUAGGGAACAAUCUUCCCACUCUUUACAACUCCGAGUUAGGUUGGCUAAUAGGAGGCCGCAUGCCAACUAAGGGCAAGCCUCUAAAUAAAACGAUUUCGUGCAAUUUUGUGGCCACACAGAGCGACACUGACCUAAACUCACAACUUCAAAAGUUCUGGGAGUACGAAGACUUUCCCAAGCAUCAUGAAUCUAAACCUAUUUUAACCGAAAGUGAAUCGCACUUUAUUCAGAACACAACUCGAUUAGAAAAUGGUCAAUUUUGUGUUAGAUUGCCCCUUAUUGACACGCCUGACUGUUUAGGCGACUCUUACUUCCUUGCAAAAAAGCGCUUUCUUAGCUUAGAAAAACGUCUUAACCAAAACCUGGAACAUAAGAAAAUGUACUCUGAUUUCUUGCAGGAAUACCGCGAUCUUGGGCAUCUUUCUGACUCUAUCGUAGAAAGGCCUCACACCUCAUUUUUUGUGCCCCACCACUCUGUGUUAAAGAGCUCGAGUGAAUCUACUAAAUUGCGCGUAGUAUAUGACGCGUCCAUGCGCACGAAGUCAGGUUACUCUAUAAACGACCUUCAAAUUGUAGGGCCAAAUAUACAAGAUUCUUUGUUCAACAUUUUAUUGAGAUUUCGUCACUAUAGGUACGUUUUGUCAGGUGAUAUAGAAAAGCAAUACAGACAAAUCGUUAUGAACGAGCUAGAUCGCGACCUUCAGUUGAUUCUUUGGCGUGAAAAUGAAUCUCUUCCUAUUAAAACGCUUAGACUUAAUACUGUGACUUACGGUUUCUCUAGUGCCAGUUUCUUGGCAGCCAGAUGCUUGUGGCAGCUCGGUGAGGAGUCAGCUGAUUCAUCUAUCAAAACGAUAAUCCAAAACGACUUCUAUUGUGAUGAUUUACUUACCGGAGCUGAUGAAGAGUCUGACUUACUUAAUAUUAAACAAGCCGUAUCUAAUUCGCUGUCUCGGGGUUGCUUUAACUUGCGAAAAUAUAGGUCAAACUCUCAACUUCUGAUUAAUUCUGAAUUAGAAAAUAUACAAAAUGACAGUCUUGUAUUGAGUCAAUCACUUCAUACGCUAGGAUUAUUAUGGAAUCCUACGCAAGACACACUUCAUUUUAAUAUUGACGAUAGUAGUGCUUCACCUGAUAAAGUAACUAAACGAUCUGUUUUGUCCACGACAUUUAAGAUAUUCGACCCUUUGGGCCUUUUGACCUUGUGUACUGUCAAACCCAAAAUUCUCUUACAGAAACUUUGGUCUCUUAAAUUGGAUUGGGAUACUCAAGUGCCCCCUGAAAUUCAGCGAGCCUGGGCACACUUCAUAGAUAACAUAAAAUACCUGAAGCUUCUUACUGUGCCCAGGAACAUAUUUGAUAACAGUGACUCACCUUCAUUUAUUGAACUUCAUUCCUUCUCUGACGCCUCGCAAGCUGCGUAUGGCGCUUGUAUGUACAUCAAAGCCACCUUUCCCUCGGGCAAACAAACUGUAAAUUUGCUUUGCUCUAAAUCACGCGUGACUUCGACGCGUUCUGCGACUACACCGAGAUUGGAACUUGCUGCGGCGCUUCUUGCCAGUCGCCUUGCUUCGACGGUAAGCAAAGCGUCUCGCAAGCCUAUAGCACGCUGUACUUACUGGUCCGAUUCCAGUGUAGUAUUAGCAUGGAUUAAUACAUGUCCCUCAAAAUUAAAAACGUAUGUCGCAAACCGUGUCGCAGCUAUUCAAGAGCUCACCGGGAGCUCGGAGUGGCGCCAUGUCCCCACAGCUCUGAAUCCUGCCGAUCUUGCAUCUCGCGGGAUCGACCCUCAGCAUGUACAGUCUCAACAGUUGUGGUGGCAUGGCCCAUCCUUUCUUCUAGAACCCGAGGAAAAUUGGCCAGUUCUUAAUACUAACCAUGUGACCCAUGAUUUACCUGAAUUUAAAACAGCGAACCCUUCAUUUUUGACUAAUGUGGAACACAAAGGGGACGCUCUCAUAGAUUUCCAUAAGUACUCGCAAUUAAGUAAAUUUAAAAGGGUUAUUGCCUAUGUAUUACGCUUCAUCAAUAUCAAAUGUAAAAAGCAAUGUUUGAAGGGCCCGCUAAGUGCAAUAGAACUUGAAAAUGCCUUAACUGUUUUGGUGAAGCUGUCACAACAACAAUCAUUCCCUGUAGAUUUACCUACACUUGUAAAUAACAAAAAACUAAGCCCUAAAUCACGUCUCAUUUCAUUAGCUCCAUUUGUUGACUCUCAGGGGAUCCUGAGAGUAGGGGGCAGGCUAGGUAAAUCCAGAUAUGACUUUUCUGUAAAACAUCCCAUACUUCUUUGUUCCAAACACACACUCACAAAACUAAUUUUCACUUACGAACACAAACGCCUCUUACAUGCGGGACCUCAACUCAUGUUGGCAUCCGUGCGUGAGCAGUUCUGGCCUAUUGGGGGUAGGGACUUAGCACGACGCACGGCUCGCAAAUGUGUCAUUUGUAUUCGGCAAUAUGGCCGAACAAUGUCCAAUAUAAUGGGCAAUUUGCCAUCACAACGUGUCACGCCCGGCUUCCCAUUUUCUACUAUAGCUGUCGAUUUUGCAGGUCCAUUUAUGAUCACUGAUCGGCGAGGCCGUGGCUGUAAGAUAACAAAAUGUUAUUUAUGUCUCUUCAUAUGUCUUAGAUUUAAAUGUGUACAUUUGGAGGCAGUGAGUGAACUUUCUAAGGACGCCUUCAUAUUGUCCCUGCGCCGCUUCAUUUCACGUAGGGGUAAGCCAAAAGAAAUCUACUGUGACAACGGCAAAAACUUUGUUGCCGCUGCCAAGGAGAUUAAUACCUUUUUCAAACAAAAUUCUGGCCCUAUAUUAGAGUUUGCAGGUGAUCAUAACAUUGAAUUUAAAUUCUCCCCGGCUUACGCUCCUAAUUUUAACGGUUAUGUAGAGGCUGGCAUUAAAUCAGCAAAAUUUCAUAUUAAGCGCAUUUUAGGGAACACGCACCUCACAUUUGAGGAGCUUUCGACUUUAUUUGCUCAAAUUGAGGCUGUCCUUAACAGUCGUCCUCUCUGCCCCCUUUCCUCCUCUCCCAAAGACUACGCAGCGCUCACACCCGGGCACUUUCUCCUUGGCAGGCCACUGACGUCGCUUCCGGCCCCGGACCUGACGGAAGCCAACAUUCGCAACUUGGACCGCUUCAAUCGGCUGGAGCAGAUAAGGCAGCACUUCUGGCAGCGCUGGCAGUCCGAGUACGUCAUGGAGCUGCAGCAACGUUCCAAAUGGAGAACGCGCGCCAGGGAUCUGCAGCAGGGAGACCUAGUCCUUAUUAAAGAAGAAAAUCAACCCCCAAUGUUAUGGCGUCUGGGCAGAGUGCUGAAGCUUCAUACUGGCUCAGACGGAGUACCACGAGUCGCAGAUAUUGAUACCGUGCGAGGAGUUGUCAGACGGGCUCUGAACCGUAUAUGCCUUCUUCAUGAUUCUUGAAAGCAGGGCUUUCAAGGGCCCCCAGCAUGUCCGCGCCGCUGCGCACAACGUCAUCAGACGAGCGUGGGGGUGAGGAACCCCUCCAAGCCGCCACCAGCCACCGGCGCAGCCGACGCUCUUUCUAUUUCGCCACAGGUCGCCGGACCGAACACACGCGGCCGCGAUCCAUUUUCUAUACAAUUUUUAUACUAUGUAAUACUAGUUAUUAAAGGCUAAGUCCUAAA